CAGCCGGCCGCGGCUCCGGGCCCCGUGUCACCCGAGCAGACGGAGAAGUGGAUGGAGGAGGCGAUGCGCAUGGCCAAAGAUGCCCUAGAAAAUACUGAAGUUCCUGUUGGCUGCCUUAUGGUCUAUAAUGAUGAAGUCGUGGGGAAAGGAAGAAAUGAAGUUAACCAGACGAAAAAUGCUACUCGACAUGCAGAAAUGGUGGCCAUCGAUCAGGUCCUGGAUUGGUGUCAGCAACAUGGCAAGAGUCCUUCCGAGGUGUUUGAGCACACCGUGUUGUAUGUCACCGUGGAGCCAUGCAUCAUGUGUGCAGCUGCCCUCCGCCUGAUGAAAAUCCCACUGGUUGUAUACGGCUGUCAGAAUGAACGCUUUGGUGGCUGUGGCUCCAUUCUGAAUAUCGCCUCGGCUGAUUUACCCAACACGGGGAUGCCGUUUCAGUGCAUUCCUGGAUAUCGGGCUGAGGAAGCAGUGGAACUCUUGAAGGCCUUCUACAAACAAGAGAACCCAAAUGCACCCAAAUCAAAAGUUCGGAAAAAGGAAUGCCAGAAAUCUUGAAGUUGUGAUGGAAGACAAUGCCUCAGGAUGAAAUUCCUGAACUAAGAACUGAUGACGUCAUCGGA